CCCUUAUCUUUCACUAUACGGAGAAUAUAAACCCUAAUUAUCCGCCAUGACUGCUCUACAAGCUUCUCUUCUAUGCAGACCUUCAUGUUCGCAUUUAUAUGAUCCAAAACGUCUUUGUCUUUCCACUAUUAAUAUCCAUAACUCCUAUUCUUUGACAUAUUUCUCAUUCUCAUCGUCUAAAUCUCGUAAUUGCAAAUCCCGAUUCCACCGGCAUCGUCCUUUAAUUCUCCGUGCAUUGCAGCCUGAAAACUCGAAUUCAAGCUCUGGAUCGGACUUAUCCGGGAAAGAGUGGAUUUUGAAUACUGAAAACUUUCAGAAUGGAGAUUUAUCCGAGAAAUUUCAUAGUGAGGACUCAAGAGCGGAGCCGGAGGUCUCAGUCGUAGAAGCCGAGACAGCUAAGGAAAUGAUCUCCGAAAUGGGGGUAGUACCAGAGUCUGGCAGUCCACUAAAGAAAGAAAAAACGGGCAGCAAAUUUCCAUUGAUGGUGUUUCUACUUGGAGUAUUGGCGUCGGCAAGGAAAGGAUUCGAAAAGCUUGCAUCUUCAGAAUGGUUGAAUUGGUGGCCGUUUUGGCGGCAGGAGAAGCGGUUGGAACGGCUUCUCGCUGAAGCUGAUGCAAAUCCGAAAGACGUGGCAAAGCAGAGUGCUUUGUUGGCUGAGCUCAACAAGCACAGCAGUCCUGAGUCUGUGAUCAAGCGUUUUGAAGAAAGGGAUCAUGCAGUAGAUAGCAGAGGAGUGGCUGAAUAUCUUCGAGCUCUGGUGGUUACCGAUGCUAUAGCAGAAUAUCUUCCAGAUGAGGGAUCUGGAAAACCUUCUGGUCUUCCUACAUUGUUGCAAGAGUUGAAGCAGCGUGCAUCGGGAAACAUGGAUGAGCCCUUUGUCAGCCCUGGAAUUUCGGAGAAGCAGCCAUUGCAUGUUGUAAUGGUUGAUCCUAAAGCAUCAAAUCGAUCAGCACGUAUAGCACAGGAGCUCAUCUCAACUAUCUUGUUUACUGUUGUUGUUGGUCUGAUGUGGGUGAUGGGUGCAGCUGCACUUCAAAAAUAUGUUGGUAGUUUAGGUGGGAUAGGUACGUCUGGUGUUGGCUCAAGUUCUUCAUAUGCUCCAAAGGAGUUGAACAAAGAAGUAAUGCCAGAGAAGAAUGUAAAGACCUUCAAAGAUGUAAAAGGUUGUGAUGAUGCAAAACAGGAACUUGAGGAAGUAGUGGAAUACCUGAAAAACCCUACAAAGUUCACUCGCCUUGGGGGAAAGUUACCUAAGGGAAUUCUUUUGACUGGAGCACCUGGAACUGGAAAGACUCUGCUUGCCAAAGCUAUUGCUGGAGAAGCGGGUGUACCUUUUUUCUACAGAGCUGGUUCUGAGUUUGAGGAAAUGUUUGUUGGGGUUGGUGCUCGGCGUGUACGGUCAUUAUUCCAAGCUGCUAAGAAGAAGGCACCAUGCAUCAUUUUCAUUGACGAAAUAGAUGCUGUUGGGUCCACUCGGAAGCAAUGGGAAGGCCAUACAAAGAAAACAUUGCAUCAGUUGCUUGUUGAGAUGGACGGUUUUGAGCAAAAUGAGGGCAUAAUAUUAAUGGCUGCAACAAACUUGCCAGAUAUUCUUGAUCCAGCUUUAACAAGGCCUGGUAGAUUCGACAGGCAUAUUGUUGUUCCGAGUCCUGAUGUACGGGGUCGCCAAGAGAUAUUGGAGCUCUAUUUACAGGACAAACCAUUGGCUGAUGACGUGGACAUCAAAGCAAUUGCACGUGGUACCCCUGGGUUCAAUGGUGCAGAUCUGGCGAACCUGGUAAACAUUGCAGCCAUUAAAGCUGCUGUUGAAGGUGUUGAGAAGUUAACUGCGACACAGCUUGAGUUUGCGAAGGACAGGAUAGUUAUGGGUACUGAGAGGAAAACAAUGUUCAUAUCAGAAGAAUCUAAAAAGCUCACUGCAUAUCAUGAGAGUGGUCAUGCAAUUGUUGCAUUCAACACCGAUGGUGCACACCCCAUUCAUAAGGCAACAAUAAUUCCACGGGGGUCUGCAUUAGGCAUGGUUACACAGCUCCCCUCAAAUGAUGAGACAUCAGUUAGCAAGAAGCAGUUAUUGGCACGUCUUGAUGUUUGUAUGGGUGGGAGAGUUGCCGAAGAGCUUAUCUUUGGUCUGGAACAUAUCACAACUGGAGCAAGUAGUGAUCUUCUAACAGCAACUGAGCUUGCACAAUAUAUGGUAUCAACUUGCGGAAUGAGUGAAACUAUUGGUCCAGUUUAUAUUAAAGAGCGACCAGGUUCAGAGAUGCAAUCACGCAUUGACGCGGAAGUUGUUAAACUCCUGAGAGAAGCAUAUGAUCGUGUGAAAGCCCUACUGAAGAAGCAAGAGAAGGCAUUACAUGCACUUGCAAACGCACUACUUGAGUAUGAGACACUUGGUGCUGAAGAAAUCAAACAGAUUCUUCUUCCUUCCGGAGAAGGCCGGCUUUCUGAGCAACAAGAAGAGUUUGCAUUGACUUAAAAGCUGCACUCUGUAAUGUAGAUGUAGUCCCCAAUUUAGCGGGAGCAAUGUACAGUUUAUGCAAAGCAUUUAAGGUAUUAAUUUAUAAAAGUAUGCAAUUUUCCAA